AUGGACUGCACGGCGCUGGAGCACGAUGCGGUCUCUUUCGCUAAAACAGCCGUCACCUGUGACCAGAGUGGGAGAUACAACGAUGCUGUCUUCUAUUACAAGGAGGCAGCCCAGGCCCUGAUCUAUGCUGGCAUGGCGGGGUCCCAACUCGAGGGCAUCCAGGAUAAAGUGAAUGAAUACCUGGAUAGGGUUCAAGCCCUCCACAAUGCCGUCCAGGCACAAAGCAGCGACCCGCUGAAGUCUAGGCAGCAGGUGGACCUUGAGCGGGCCCACUUCCUGGUCACCCAGGCCUUCCAGGAGGAUGAAAAGGGAAAUGCUGAUGAGGCCAUUGAGCUCUACACGCAGGCUGUGGAGCUGUGCAUCCGGACGUCCAAUGAGACGUCAGACCAGACCCUGCAGGUCAAGCUGAAGCAGCUGGCUCGCCAGGCCUUAGAGCGGGCGGAGGGCCUUAAAGAAUCCCAGUCCAAAUCAACUCCAACUCAGCAUCAGGACAGCCAAGGGCCCUCCAGGGCCAAGCCCGGCAACAGUGCAUUCCCCUCGGGCCCAGUCCGCCAGUUUUUCCCCCUUGGUCCGGACUUCACCCUGCAUGACCGUCCCCAGCCACAGCCGGUCCGGGCGGUCCAGUCCAGUGAGCCGCAGGGCCAGCGCUACACAUCAGAAGAGAUCGAAGUGCUGAGGAGUACCUCCACAAUCAACUGCAUGGCCUACGUCCCCUUCAUGAGCGUGGACCUGAGGGAGCGAUUCGCUUUCCCCGUCCCCUUCUCGGACAAAACAGGCAAACUGGCUCUGUCCCCCAAACAGAAAGCCAUUUUCUCACGCUGGGUGCGGCCGGAUGAGCUCUGCAACAACCCCACCAUGAUCCUGUCAGUGUCCAGCUUCAGCAUCAAACAGACAGUGGUGUCUGACUGUUCCUUUGUGGCAUCGCUAGCAAUAAGUGCGGCCUAUGAAAGGCGCUUCAACAAGAAGCUUAUCACCAGCAUAAUCUACCCUCAGAACAGACGAGGGGAGCCAGAGUAUAAUCCUUGUGGGAAGUACAUGGUCAAACUUCAUAUCAACGGUGUACCCAGAAAGGUGAUCAUAGACGACUACCUCCCGGUGGACAGGAAUGGUGAGCUGCUAUGUUCCUACUCCAGUAAUAGGAACGAGUUGUGGGUGUCCCUCAUAGAGAAGGCCUACAUGAAGGUGAUGGGCGGCUACGACUUCCCUGGCUCCAACUCGAACAUUGAUCUGCAUGCGCUCACUGGUUGGAUCCCAGAGCGCAUUGCCAUGCACUCAGACAAUCAGUCCUUUAGCAAAGACGACACCUUCCGUAUGCUGUAUCAGAGGUUUCACAGGGGUGAUGUCCUGAUCACAACGGCAACAGGGGUGAUGACAGAGGAGGAAGGGGAGAGAUGGGGCCUGGUGCCCACACAUGCUUAUGCUGUUCUUGACAUUAGGGAGCACAAGGGGAUGCGUUUCCUGCAGCUGAAGAACCCAUGGAGCCACCUGAGGUGGAGGGGCCGCUUCAGCGAGCGUGACGAGAAGAACUGGACCCCUGAACUCCUCAAGUACUUGAACUUUGAUCCCAAGACAGCACAGAGGUUUGACAAUGGUGUUUUCUGGAUCGCCUGGGAGGAUCUGUGUCAGUACUAUGAUGUCAUCUACCUGAGCUGGAACCCUGCCCUCUUUAGAGAUUCUUCCUGUAUUCACAGUAGCUGGGAUGGGAGGCAGGGACCAGUUAAGGAUGCCUACAGCCUGGCCAACAACCCCCAGUACAGACUGGAGGUCCAGUGUCCAGCAGGAGGCGCUGCUGUCUGGGUGCUACUCACCAGACACAUCACUGACAAGGACGACUUUGCACAGAAUCGGGAGUUUAUCACGCUGGUUGUUUACAAGACAGAGGGAAAGAAAGUUUACUAUCCAGCGGACCCUCCUCCAUACAUCGAUGGCAUUCGUAUCAACAGCCCACACUACCUGACCAAGAUGAAGCUGACCAGCGCGGGGACACACACCUUCACACUGGUGGUCUCCCAGUACGAGAAACAGAACACCAUCAACUACACACUACGGGUUUACUCUGGAUGUAAAUUCUCCUUCUCCAAGAUUCCAACACCUUUCACUCACACCAAAAGGAUAAAUGGCCAAUGGAAGGGGCUGAGCGCUGGAGGCUGCAGCAAUUACAAGGACUCGUACAAACGCAACCCCACCUACCAGUUCAACCUGGAGCGCCCAGGGCCUCUGCUCAUCGAGCUCCGUGGAUCCAGACAGUACAGUGUAGGGUUUGAGAUGGUGACUGUAUCUACGGUUGGAGAACCAGGUCCUGCAGGCUUGCAUAAGAAGAGCAGUGGUGACUACAGGUGUGGUUUCUGCUACCUGGAGUUGGACCACGUCCCAGCAGGCAUCUACAAUGUCACCCCCACCACCUUCCUGCCCAAACAGGAAGGACACUUCUUCUUGGACUUUGGCAGCGCCACACCCCUCAAGGUGUCCCUGCUCCCAUGAGGAGAGAGAGAGGAGGGACACAGAGGUGGAGAACACACUGACAGACCCGUGUAAGGGCUUCACGCGGUGGUGAUGUCCCUAGAGCCAGACUUUAGAUGUUUUACUGAGGCAUCAUGGACAGUAAGCGUAAAGGAUGUGACUGUUCCUUUCCAAACACCCCCUCCUUCUCGUCAUCUCCUCACAACACACUUUUCUGAGCUGUAGUAAACUAGAAGGGCCUUGGUCAGUUGACUUGACCUUCAGAGCUGAGUCCUGGUAACUGUUGCCCUGUAUAGGUCUGACUUGUCUGAUGGAACAGAGCUGGAAUCAGACCUGAUGAAGGAAAGUGGAGAUGUAGCUGUUUCUGGACUGGACUUAAGACUGUCAGGGCCAAAGACAGGAGAGAUCCCAUCCACAGAAAGAGCCUGACAGCAAGCAAAGGAAAGGAGCUGGAGAAGCCACACAGACCUCCCACCCUUCCACAGUGACAACAUUAAUACGGUGGCCGUCUGUUUAAAGUGAGCUCACAGCAGCCACAGGCUGCGCUCACCAGAGGGCUGCUUUUCUGAAAUGGAAAAAGUUUCAGCAUGGAUGAAAUCUCCAUUUUAUUAGUUUAAUUGGGACUAUUUGACCACUUCCUGGACUAGACUGAAUGUGAGCCCCCUAGAGAGACGGACAGUGAAACACCGGUCACUGGCUAAGUGCUGGUACAUGUUGUCUGUGGAUGGAAGAAGGUUAGUCUGACAGAAACCUGCUGGAGAGGUUUGAAUCUUACAGGCACAUCAAACAGCCCUGCAUCAUGAAAUUAUUGUCCGGUAAUUUGGAAUUUCUUUGCAAAAUUAGUCUUUUCGUAGGUGCACCGGUUACUGGAUUAACAUUGUAGUCAAUGUGAUGAAUGAAGGGAUUACUCUCGUUGAGGCACCAUAGGCAGCCAGUGGCCAUCAUUCUGGGUUUGCGUGCCACACUUUUUUAACAGGUACUCGUUCUCAUUUCCUCUGCUGCCUUCAGACUGGACCUUAUAUUCUAUCUUUUAAAAUACCCCACGUUGGUCACGUUUGGAAUUUGUUCCAACUUUUUUUUUUCCUCAGGAAAUACAAAAUGCACCACAGGGAAUAUAAUAUAAUACUAUAUAUAAUAUAAUACUGUAUAUAAUAUAAUACAGUAUGGCAGCAAAUGAAUGAUGUCUGCUUCAUUACAAAUAUCAGCCCGCCGUAUACUAAAGCCUCUCUAAGUUAGGAUACAUUACAUAUAUAUAUAUAUAUAUAUAUAUAUAUUACUAUAUUACUAUAUUACUAUAUAUUUUACUAUAUAUGUGUGUUUGUGUAUAUAUAUAUAUAUAUAUAUAUAUAUAUAUAUAUAAAAUUAGCAGAAAAAGUAAGGAAAUGUGUGUUUGGUAGAUUAUUUCUUUGGUGUAACGAUGCUUCUUGGCAGUAAAUCUUCUAUCAGGCAGCUGAUGGGCAGCACCUGGGGUACCAGAAGCUCAACACAAGAGUCAACAUUAGCAGCAAAAUAAGCUGUUUGGCAUUGGCAGAGAAGAUUUCGCAAAUGUUUCAUGGGCGCAACCCACAUACUCAGCUCUGCUGCUCAUCCCACAAAUGCAGGUUCCUUACACAUGUGGCCCCAUUUAAAAGGCAAAUAAACAGGCUUUCCACCGGUAUAAGAUUUACUGCCAAGAAGCAUUGUUACAACAAAGACAUAAACUACCAAACACACAUUUCCUUACUUU